AUGGCAGCGAUCAAGAUGGACACGCUGGUAGCCAGCGAAGCGACGGCCUCUACCAAAGUCAAGGAGGAUGCCGAAGCUCGUCCGCGAAACAAUAAGCGAUCAAGUUUCAAGGACUAUGUGCGAGUCUUUUCUUAUGGGCAAGGCUUCGACUAUGCCGUUCUUUCAAUCGGCAUCAUGGCCGCCAUUGGAUCCGGUGUUGCCCUUGCCAUGGUCAAUCUCGUCAUUGGAGAUUUCAUCACCAUCAUGACCGAGUUUUCUGCAUCGUCUGUCGCGCCCAGUAAUUUCAUGUCCAAGGUUUCCAAGUCUGCGCUGUACUUCAUCUACAUUGCCAUCGCUAGAUUCGUCUGCACUUAUGUCUACUCGUCGCUUCUCACCUACGUCGCCCUCAGAAUCACCCGGAACCUGCGCUACCGAUACCUCAAAUCAGCCCUUGGUCAGGAAGUGGGUUUCUUUGACAUGGGAACUGGAGGAUCCAUCUCUAUGCAGGUGACUUCCAACGCCAAGCUUAUCCAGUCUGGCAUCUCGGAAAAGCUUGGUCAAGUCUUCCAGGCUGUAUCAACCAUGGUUGCCUCCUUUAUUAUUGCCUUCAUCAGCCAGUGGAAGCUCACUCUCAUCCUCUCAUCCAUAGUGCCUGCGCUGCUGCUCGUAGCCGGAUUCGCCGGUGCUCUCGAUGCUGGUAUCGAAACGAAGAUACUUAAAACCUAUGCGCGAGCUGCCUCUUUGGCGGAGACUGUUCUAGCGAGCAUCCGAACGACAAAGGCGUUUGAGCUGGUGCCGAGAAUGACGCACGAAUACUCGAAAAUCAUUGGUGAAGCGAGGACUCUUGGCAACAAGAAGAACGUAUUGUACGCCGUCAUGUUCGCUGGAGAAUUCUUUGUCAUCUUUUCUGGAAUGGCUCUAGCCUUUUGGAAAGGUAUUAGAAUGAUGGUUCAAGGAGAAAUUGUCGAGAUGGGCACAAUGUUUACUGUCCUGUUUGCCGUCAUCAUGGCUGCUGCCGUCAUCAACUCUCUUGCGCCUCACCUUGUUACCUUUGGACGAGCUGGUACGGCCGCAGGCGAGCUAUUUGAGCUCAUUGACAGACCAUCGAGCAUCAAUCCUUUCGAUCAGUCAGGGGAGGUUCCUCAGAAUACGCAGGGUGUCAUUGAACUCCGUAACCUCACCUUUAGCUACCCGACUCGUCCUGAUAUAUGUGUCCUUGAUGAUUUCAACCUCGACGUUCCAGCCGGCAAAGUCACGGCUCUGGUUGGACCAAGUGGCUCUGGAAAAAGCACAAUUAUUGGCCUACUUGAGCGAUGGUAUAACCCGAGUGCUGGCUCGAUCAAGUUGGACGGUCAAGAGAUCAAAGAUCUCAACCUGAAAUGGCUUCGGACUCAUGUGCGCCUCGUUCAGCAGGAGCCUGUGCUUUUCAACGGUAGCGUGUUUGAUAAUAUAGCCAACGGUUUGAUAGGGACACCGUGGGAAAACUCGUCUCUCGACGACAAGAUGCAACGCGUCCAGGCUGCUGCUAAGACAGCCUUUGCGCAUGAUUUUAUCCAGGAGCUUGUCAAUGGAUACGAUACCCGGAUUGGUGAGAGAGGGGGACUCCUUUCCGGCGGUCAGAAGCAACGUAUCGCCAUUGCCCGCAGCAUUAUUUCAGAACCUCGAAUCCUUCUGCUUGAUGAAGCUACAAGUGCCUUGGAUCCCUACGCCGAGGCUGUAGUUCAGAAGGCCCUGGAUGAAGCCUCAAAGAACCGCACAACAAUCGUUAUUGCCCACAAGCUCAAGACAGUUCGGAAUGCCGACAACAUCGUUGUCAUGGGCAAAGGCAAAAUUGUGGAACAGGGGCGACACGAGGAUCUUGUUUCUCGCCACGGUGUUUAUGCCUCGCUCGUCAGAGCCCAGGACAUUUCCGCAACCGAUAACGAUCAAGCCUCCUCUGAUGAUUCCGACGUGGCUGAUGAGGACAUUGUUCUCAAGCCGACCAAUACUUUACAGCAGGAACAGAGCCAGAUUGAUAGAAGGGCUGCCUUGUCCAAACAAAGCGACUAUAGCUUACAUGAGGGCACUGGCAUUGUGAGGACGAUUUGGAGACUGGUCAAGUUUACCCCCGAGAUCAAGAGCUGGUACAUACUUGUGGCUUUGACUUGUACAGUUGGAGCUGGUGUCUACCCAGGCCAGACUCUCCUUAUCGGUCAAGUCAUGGAUUUGUUUAAAUCCGAAGAUAUGCAAAAGAGAGCCAACUUCUUAGCACUCAUGUUCUUCGUCAUGGCGUUGGGUUUAUUUGUCAUCUAUGGCGUGCUUGGUUGGGCAACCAACGUGCUCGCUCAGACUCUUGCAGAAAAAGUUCGAAAAGACAUGUUUUCCUCGUUUAUCCGCCAAGACCUCGCUUUCUUUGACCGACCUGAGAACACGGUCGGCGCACUGACAAGCAAGAUCGACUCCUUUGCGCAGUCCAUCUUCGAGCUUAUGGGCUUCACCAUUGCUAUCAUUCUGAUGGCGCUCAUCUCUGUCUGUGUAUGCGCCAUAAUGUCCAUUGCCUUUUCUUGGAAAUUAGGCCUUGUCGGUGUCUGCGCUGGGUUCCCUCCCAUGAUACUAUCAGGCUAUGCAAGAAUUCGACUCGAGACCAAGAUGGAUGCCGAAAUUGAUUCAAGAUUCUCCAAUAGUGCUUCAAUUGCAUCGGAGACUGUCACCGCUAUUCGAACAGUGUCCUCGCUAGCCAUUGAAGAUGAUGUGCUCCGGAGAUACACGGAUGAGCUGGAUCAUGCCAUCCAUGGGUCUAAAGCAUCUCUGUUCACUAUUAUGAUUUGGUUUUCCUUGACACAGUCGAUCGAGUACUGUAUUUUGGCCUUGGGCUUCUGGUACGGCUCCAAGCUGGUAGCUGGAGGAGAGAUUACCUUUUACCAAUUCUUCGUCUCCUUUAUGGCUGUUUACUUUUCUGGCCAGGGAGCAGGACAGUUGUUUAGUUUCGCAAGCAGUUUCACAAAGGCCAACUCGGCUGGAAACUACUUCUUUUGGAUCAAAAGUCUCCAGCCAACCAUCACGGAAACGGCCGAAAAUGAGAAAAGAGGUCCUUCUGACGGUUGCAAGUCCUAUCAUCUAGACAACCUGGAGUUUUCUUAUCCUCUGGCCCCUCGUCAUCGUGUUCUCAAAGGCGUGUCACUCAAAAUCACACCCGGUCAGUUUGUUGCAUUCGUUGGAGCGUCAGGAUGUGGAAAGAGCACCAUGAUAUCUCUACUUGAGCGAUUCUAUGAUCCUACCAGCGGCGCCAUUGUAAUCGAUUCGACGCUUCCUCUCAGAGAUAUAAACCCUCGGCUAUACCGCGCCCAUGUUGCCCUCGUCCAGCAGGAGCCAACAUUGUUUCCCGGAAGCAUUCGUGACAAUAUCGCCAUGGGCGCCGAUAAGAAUGCCAUGUCAGAGAUUGGCAAACCUAUUGACGAUAAAGCCAUUGAGGUUGCGUGUCGAGCUGCGAAUGCAUGGGACUUUGUCAGUUCCUUAUCAGAUGGCCUGGGUACACUCUGCGGCACUGGUGGUAGCCAACUUUCCGGUGGUCAGAGGCAACGUAUUGCUAUUGCCAGAGCUCUGGUUCGCAACCCAAAUGUGAUUCUUCUUGAUGAGGCGACGAGUGCUCUUGACACGGAGUCUGAGAGGGUGGUUCAGGCUGCGCUCAUGGAGGUUGCCUCAUCUAGUAGCAGGAUCACUAUCGCUGUUGCCCAUCGCCUGUCAACUGUCAAGGACGCCGAUUGCAUCUUUGUGUUCCACAACGGCCGAAUCGCCGAAGCGGGCACUCACUCUUCCUUGAUCGCGGAGGGUGGGAUGUAUAAGAAGAUGUGUGAGAGUCAAAGCUUGGACGCAUAA